AGGCGGCGCGCGCUCAAGGCACGUGGCCAGCAGCAGAGCGGCAUUCCCGGAGCCCCUUUCCUGCUCCGGCGUAGGCCCCACCGCCUCGGCUCUCCCAGGAUGGCUCCCCGCGGGAGGAAGCGCGGAGCCCAGCGGCCGGCGGCGGCCGAGGCACCGGAGACAGCGGCAGCCCCGCAGAAGAGGGCUCGGGCCCAGCCUCAGGAGGAGGGCAGCCCCGGGGACAUCGGCCCCCGUGUCGUCAUCGAGCACUGCAAGAGCUGACGCGUGUUCGGGCGCAACGCGGCGGCGGUGAGCGCGGCCCUGCGCGAAGCCAUGGCCCACCUCCCCGUGGACAUCAACCCCCAGCCACCACGCAGGAACAGCUUCGAGGUGUCCCUGGUGAAGGAGGACGGCAGUACCGUGGAGCUGUGGAGCGGUAUCGGGAAGGGCCCCCCCCGCAAGCUGAAGUUCCCUCAGCCGGAGACUGUAGUGGAAGCCCUGAAGAGCAGCUUGGCAUAGAGGUGCUGGCUGGGUGAGCGGGCACAAGACAGCGACGAGACAAACAGGGACCAACUUCCCUCUCUCCACAGCGGAGCCAGGACCGGCGCAGGCGGCACGAGCGUCCAUGAAGAGGCGAGACCAAGUGGGGGGCACCCGCCAGCCCCAGUCUCGUCCCUGAUGCUGCAGCUCUGCCACUGCCACACCCCUGGCUCCCUCCACACCCCGCGUUGUCCCCCCAUUCUCCAAUAAAGUUUAGUACUCCACAGCA